GGAACUGGCUGAGGCUGUGCCGCGUGCGCUGAGCAGCAAACCAGCCCCAAGGCAUCCUGGGAGGGUGAAGGCCUGAAGUGACCAGUGGCCAGCACAGGAGCAUCCACCUGAGGAGAGGCGCUCAGGUCUGAGAGAUUCCACUAUUUAUGGCUGCCCCACCAUCUUCCAACUGUGAUGAACAUUUCAGUGUGGAGAAAUUAAAGGAAUGGCCAGAGCCAGAGUCUGUUUCUUUAAUGGAGGUAUUAGCUAGAGAAGACAUUGACGAAGCUGUACAUGCAAUAUUAUUUAGAGAAAACCAUCUCGUAAAGAGAUUGGAUACAUAUUUUCAGAAUCUAGAUGCUUAUAAGGAAAGAAGAAAAGAGAUGUUACAUAAAAAAUGGGUUGAAAAUGUGUCACAGCCUACUCAGCAGAGAAUUAUAGAAGUAAUGUCAUACAGAAGACCUGGAAAAAGUCAAAUGAAAUGUGAAUACUGUUUAAAGUACACAAAUAAACCGACUGAAGUUUCUCCAUUGUGUGAAUGUCUGUUACAAAGACAGAAAAAGCUCCUAGAAGUGAGAGGAAGCAGUCACCAGUAUGGCACAGGAAAACAGGAGGACACAGAAAAAGAAGGCAAAGAAACUGAGAAGGCCCACCUAUUCACUAGAUCGCCCAAGUUCAUGCUUACAUCCUGUCGCAUCAUUCCCAAAGAGAGGCUGACAACAGAUCAGAGGUUGAAGAGAAGACCAACUAGACAUAGGUCUCAGGAUCAAGAUACCACUGCAGCCACAGUUGGAGGAAGGUCCUGUGACUCUCCUGGUAGUUGUGUUAGCCCACAUCACCUGAGGCACUUGGCUCAUGAAAGUUUUGAAAAACUGCAUCUGCCUCAGGAAGAGAGCUUCACCAACCACAGCCAGCUUGCUUUUGAAAGGCAGUUCCGUUCCUCAAAGCUCUGCCAGGAGCACAGAGAGGCUGUGAAGACUUUAGAGGCCAGACCACACUCCUGGACAGCGGCUCGGCACUCACAGGGUCCAGUGCCGGUGACAAGAAAAGUAAUGACCGCGGAGCUGCUGGGGAUGCAUCUGGCCUCCCUGCAUGGGGCAGCCAAGUCAGGCCUCCAGUGGUCAUAG